AUGCCGGCCGUUACUACCGUGGGUGAACAGAACCAUGUCUUGCAGGCGCUCGCCGAGCACCGUCUUUCGAUGGUCGGUGCCACGGGCGCUGCGGGCCUCGUCAAGAACGCUCGCACCUUUGCCAUCGCCGUCUUUGCCUCGAUGGGCGGUUUGAUUUACGGUUACAACCAGGGCAUGUUUGGUCAGAUCCUGAGCAUGCACUCGUUCAGCGAGGCCAGCGGUGUCACGGGUAUACAGAACCCGACGCUUUCCGGUCUGCUCACCUCGAUCCUCGAGCUGGGUGCUUUCAUCGGUGUGCUGAUGAACGGCUACGUCUCGGACGCUGUUGGUCGUAAGAAGUGUGUCGUCUUUGGCGUCGCUUGGUUUAUCGUCGGUGUCAUCAUCCAGGCCGCCACCCACGGCGGAUCGUACGACUACAUUCUGGCGGGUAGGACCAUCACGGGUGUCGGUAUCGGCUCGCUGUCGAUGAUCGUGCCCCUCUACAAUGCCGAGCUGGCUCCUCCUGAGAUUCGUGGUUCGCUGGUGGCUCUUCAGCAGCUCGCAAUCGUUGCAGGUGUCAUGAUCAGCUACUGGUUCACUUAUGGUACCAACUACAUCGGCGGCACUGGCGCUGGCCAGAGUCGUGCCGCUUGGUUGAUCCCUAUCACUGUCCAGAUCCUGCCGGCCGUCAUCCUCGGGAUCGGUAUCUUUUGGCUUCCCGAGUCGCCGCGUUGGUUGAUCAACGAGGGUCGCGAACAGGAGUCGCUCGCCGUCAUCGCUGGUCUUCGAAGGCUGCCCGAGUCGGAUCUUCUUGUGCAGCUCGAGUUCCUCGAAGUCAAGGCGCAGAAGCUAUUCGAGGACCGCAUCUCGGCGCACGACUACCCCAACUACCAGGACAACUCGCGAAGCAGCAAGUUCCGACUCGGUCUCGCGCAGUACAAGUCUCUCGUCACCAACCCUUCCAACCUUCGUCGAACCCUGGUUGCCGUUCUUAUUAUGAUGUUCCAGCAAUGGACGGGCAUCAAUUUUAUUCUCUACUAUGCUCCAUUCAUCUUCAAGAAGAUCGGUCUAGAAGGAAACACGAUCUCGCUGCUUGCGUCCGGAGUGGUCGGUAUCGUUCUUUUCCUUGCCACCAUCCCUGCAGUGCUUUUUAUCGACACGUGGGGACGUAAGCCAACGCUUAUCGCCGGUGCGGCCAUCAUGGGAACGUGCCACCUGGUCGUGGCUAUCAUCAUUGCUCGCUGCGGUGGUGAUUGGCCUGCUCAUCGGGCUGCUGGAUGGAUCGCCUGCGCCUUCGUCUGGAUUUUCGCCGCGGGUUUCGGCUUUAGCUGGGGGCCUUGUGGAUGGAUCGUGGUGGCCGAAGUGUUCCCUCUCGGUCUGCGAGCCAAGGGUGUGUCGAUUGGAGCGGCUUCCAACUGGCUCAACAACUUUGCCGUUGCCAUGUCGACACCGGACUUUAUCGAGGCGGCACCUUACGGCGUGUUUAUUUUCCUGGGUCUGAUGUGUGCCACUGCGAUCGCCUACGUUAUCUUCUUUGUCCCCGAGACAAAGCAGAAGUCACUCGACGAGCUCGACGCUCUGUUCGGAGACAACUCGGGCCGUUCGCAGUGGGAGGCGGGUAUGAUGCUGCAAGCGCAGCGCGACGUCGGUCUUCUGCGUCUGGCUGGUAUCGAGGAGUCCAAGCCUCACAGCGACAACGUCUCGGACCACCUCGACGAGAAGAACGACUCGCUCUCGGACGCCGAGGCAAAGAAAGAGGGUCACGUCGUCACCUCGACUGCUUGA